UGCACUAUAAUUCAGACAACCCACGCAAUCAAUUCGUAUGUAAUCCACGUAAUAAAUUCGUAUGUAACCCACGUAAUCAAUUUGUAUGUAAUCCAAAUAAUAUAUUCGUAUGUAAUCCACGUAAUCAAUUCGUAUGUAAUCCACGUAAUAAAUUUGUAUGUAAUCCACGUAAUCAAUUCGUAUGUAAUACACAUAAUCAAUUCGUAUGUAAUCCACUUAAUCAAUUUGUAUGUAAUCCACGUAAUCCAUUCGUAUGUAAUCCACGUAAACAAUUUGUAUGUAAUCCACGUAAUGAAUUCGUAUAUAAUCCACAUAAUCAAUUCGUAUGUAACCAACGUAAUCAAUUUGUAUGUAAUCCAUUUAAUAAAUUCGUAUGUAAUCCACGUAAUAAAUUGGUAUAUAAUCCACGUAAUAUAUUCGUAUGUAAUCCACGUAAUAAAUUUGUAUGUAAUCCACGUAAUCAAUUCGUAUGUAAUCCACGUAAUCAAUUUGUAUGUAAUCCACGUAAUCAAGUCGUAUGUAAUCCACGUAAUAAAUCUGUAUGUAAUCCACGUAAUCAAGUCGUAUGUAAUCCACGUAAUCAAUUCGUAUGUAAUCCAUUUAAUUAAUUUGUAUGUAAUCCAGGUAAUCAAUUUGUAUGUAAUCCACGUAAUCAAUUCGUAUGUAAUCCACGUAAUCAAUUCGUAUGUAAUCCAUUUAAUUAAUUUGUAUGUAAUCCAGGUAAUCAAUUCGUAUGUAAUCCACGUAAUCAAUUCGUAUGUAAUCCAUUUAAUUAAUUUGUAUGUAAUCCAGGUAAUCAAUUUGUAUGUAAUCCACGUAAUCAAUUCAUAUGUAAUCCACGUAAUCAAUUCGUAUGUAAUCCACGUAAUCAAUUCGUAUGUAAUCCACGUAAUCAAUUCGUAUGUAAUCCACAUAAUCAAUUCGUAUGUAAUCCACAUAAUCAAUUUGAAUGUAAUCAACGUAAUCAAUUCGUAUGUAAUCCACAUAAUCAAUUCGUAUGUAAUCCACAUAAUCAAUUUGAAUGUGAUCAACGUAAUCAAUUCGUAUGUAAUCCGACUAAUCAAGUCAUAUUUUAUCCAUGUAAUCAAAUUGUACGUGAUCCAAGUAAUAAAUUUGUAUAUAAUCCAUGUAAUCAAGUUGUAUGUAAUCCAAGUAAUAAAUUUGUAUGCAAUCCACGUAAUAAACUUGUAUGUAAUCCACGUAAUCGUGAAACAGGAAGUAUAAAGAGCGGUGAACGCCGUGUAGGGAGGAGGUAGGGUUGGCUAGUUGGGUACAAAAACACCAGACUUUUACCCAGGAGACCGCUGUUCGUGUCCUGUUUAAAACUAAAAGUCCAUGUUUGAUUUAUUUGUCACGUAACUGAAGUAAUGCCACAUGUGUAGUGUUUUUGAACUCAAACCAGUCUUUUUUCUAAGCCUAUCCAAGUUGCUUCCUGUGACGAUGGAAGUUUAUCUUGAAAAGACUGUGCACGUAACGAGCGGAGACUGACCUGUGUUGCUGGACAUUUGUAGGAAAAUGUAGGAAAAAUGAGGAAUCCGUUUUCGUAAGAUAUAAUACAAACUGUUGUAUGAGGACACGUUGAGACAGUAGUUGGUGUUGUACAGAGCUUCUAUGAUUUACACACUAUCUGAUGAGAUUACUUUAGCUCCAUGACGCAAAGACAGCGAAAAUGAAACAAUAAAUGUUCUAUGAGUCAAACUCCUUGUGUAACACAGCUGAUCCAGUAAACUCAGGUCAUAUUACCAUAUAUAGUAUACGUGACAUUGUAUAUUUGUAAGUUGAUAGGCUUUGUAUGAAUGUAUAACAUUGAGGUUUUACUGUCAAAUGGAUGUUAUUUUAAGGAAUAGUUGAUACCACUCUGGUCAAACUGUUCCUUUAAAGGUCCCAUAUUGUAAAAAGUGACAUUUUCAUGUCUUUUAUAUUAUAAAUCAGGUUUAUGUGCUAUAUAAAUACUGUUAAACUAUAUGGAGAAAAACACACACCCCGU